AUGAAAGAAAUAUCUGAUGCUCAACUUCAUAUAUUUAGCGAUGGUUCUGAAAUUGGUUAUGGAGCAUGCGCUUACUUACGUCUAGUAGACACUAAUGGAAAAGUGAACUGUUCACUUAUUCUGGGGAAGUCUCGUUUAGCGCCAUUAAAACAGACAACAAUUCCCAGACUAGAGUUAUCAGGUGCCGUUGUUGCAUGCAAACUUUACGAAAUAAUUAGAGACGAAUUAGAGAUUAAGAUUGACAGCGUAGUGUUUUGUACCGAUAGUAUGAUAGUACUUGAAUACAUUAAGAAUGAAUCUCGUCGUUUUAAAACAUUUGUUGCAAACAGACUGAGCAGCAUUCACGAGUUGACAUCUCCGGGUCAGUGGCGAUACGUAGAUACAAGAUCAAAUCCUGCCGACAUAGCAUCUAGAGGCAUUCUUGCAACAUAUAAUAAGCAGAUCAAAUUUUGGCUCCAUGGACCAGAAUUCUUGUUGAAAGACUCGUAUGAAUGGCCGAAACCAAAAGCUGAAUCAACGGUAGACGAGCAAGAUAUUGAGAUCAAAAAGGUUGAUAUGAUUAACUCAACUACCACUGAUUCGAUACGCGAUAUAAUUACAUACUUUUCAAACUGGCAAGUAUUACUUCGGACUGUAGCAUUGCUAAUCCGUUUCAAGAAAUAUUGUAUACGUCGUUUCUUAAAACGAGACGAUGAAAUAAAGACAGACAGCUUAAAUGCUGAGGAAUUACAGGAAGCAACAAGGUAUAUAUUGAUACAUGUACAACAAGAAUCAUUCUUAAAUGAAAUCAAAAUGAUUGAAAAGCAAAAUCCUGUUAAGAAAGAUAGUCGUUUAGCAUCUUUAUAUCCUGUUAUGCAUGAUGGGUUAUUGCGCGUCAAGGGACGUCUCAACUUGUCACUAAGCAAAUGUCCGGUCAUUAUACCAAAUUCUCAUCACGUGACCACUUUGAUAAUCAGGUCGUUUCAUGAACAAAAUGGUCAUACAGGAAUGGCACAAGUGCUAGCAUCAUUACGGGAAAAGUAUUGGAUUUUAAAAGGACCUAGUACUGUCCGAACAGUUUUGAACAGAUGUGUAAGAUGUAGACGAUAUCAGGCACCGCUUUGUUUUCAGAAGAUGGCUUCUGUUAUUGACGAUCAGAAAACUCCUGAUAAACCACCAUUUACCUUUGUUGGAAUAGACUACUUUGGUCCAGUAAAUGUUAAAGUUGGACGUUCAGUCGUUAAAAGAUACGGUUGCCUUUUUACAUGUCUGACAACAAGAGCUGUUCACAUAGACGUAGCUCAUAGUUUGACUACAGAUUCCUUUAUUUCUGCUUUCCAACGUUUUACGAGCAGGCGAGGCAUACCUGAAAAGGUGUAUAGUGAUAACGGGACAAAUCUUGUCAGUGGAGAAUCGGAACUUCGGAAAUAUAUUGAUCAAUGGAACAAAACAAAAUUAUCCAGUUACAUGUCACACAAGGAUAUUAAUUGGACUUUCAAUCCACCAAACGCUAGUCAUCGUGGUGGUGCAUGGGACAUAAUGAUUCGUACGACACGCAAAAUUCUCAGAGCUCUUGCAAAUGAACAACUGCUUACCGAUGAACAGUUACUUGCCUUUAUGGCUGAAGCCGAAAGAAUCGUCAAUGAUAGACCGAUAACAGCAGUCAGUAAUGAUUCUCGAGAUUUGCCAGUUCUCACACCGAAUAUGUUGUUAUUUAUGAAAAACAACGCUUCAAUACCGCAAGGGGUGUUUGACGAGAAAGAUGUGUAUGCUAAAAGGUGGUGGAAGCAGAUACAAUACUUAGCCAAUGUAUUCUGGAGACGUUGGUUACGUGAAUAUUUGCCAACUCUACAACAGAGAAAUAAAUGGCAAAGAGAACAGCGAGAUAUAAAGAUUGACGACAUUGUAAUCGUUGCAGAUGACCAUACACCGAGAGGACAGUGGCCAUUAGGCCGAGUAAUUGAGGUUAUUAGGAGCCGCGAUAGUCUUAUACGUAGUUUUGUGAUCAAAACAAAAGAGUCAAAAUUUUUAAGACCAGUAACAAAACUAUGCAUACUUGAAUGUUCUCAAUAG